ACAAGCUAAGUUCACAACGUAUAAAAAUGUUGAAAGGGCGUAUCGGUCUAAAAAUACUACAGUCGCAAAAAGCGGCCCUAUUUUCUGCCAGUCAACAGCGAUGGCAGACCAAUGUCGCUGCAGCUGAGACCAGAGACGAUCCGGAAUGGCUCCAGGCCAAACCGUUCGAAGAGAUUCCCCAAGCAAAUAUGCUAUCUUUAUUCGCGAAAAUUGCGAUGCCCGGUGGGAAAUACAAGAAUAUGGAAUUGAUGGAAAUGUUUGAGGCCAUGCGCCAGGAUUAUGGAGAUAUAUUCUACAUGUCCGGUAUGAUGGGGAGCCCCGCGUUUGUAAUGACGCACAAUCCCAAGGACUUCGAAGUGAUUUUCCGUAAUGAAGGCGUGUGGCCAUACCGACCGGGCAGUGAUACAUUGCGCUACCAUCGAACCGUGCACAGAAAGGACUUCUUUGAGGGCGUUCAAGGAAUCAUUCCCUCCCAGGGUAAAUCCUGGGGAGACUUUCGGUCCAUUGUAAACCCCGUCCUUAUGCAGCCCAAGAGUGUAAGGGUGUACUACAAAAAGAUGUCUCAGGCUAACCAAGAGUUUGUGCAGCGAAUAAAGGACAUACGGGAUGCCACCACUCAGGAGGUUCCUGGCGACUUCUUAGGCACCAUCAACCGCUGGACUCUUGAAUCCGUAUCUGUGGUGGCCCUGGAUAAGCAGCUGGGUUUGCUGAAGGAUUCAGGGAAAGACAGUGAAGCAACCAAGCUGUUUAAGUUCUUGGAUGACUUCUUUAUCCUCUCAGCCGAUCUGGAGAUGAAACCAUCUCUCUGGCGGUAUAUAAAAACACCACAGUUGAAGAAAAUGUUAAAAACUCUGGAUGGGCUUCAAAGCAUUACUUUGGCCUAUGUAGACGAGGCGAUCGAGCGUUUGGAGAAGGAGGCUAAGGAGGGCGUGGUACGUCCGGAGAAUGAACAAAGUGUCCUCGAGAAACUGCUUAAAGUUGAUAAGAAAGUGGCCACCGUAAUGGCCAUGGACAUGCUGAUGGCAGGAGUUGAUACGACUUCAAGCACCUUUACGGGGCUUUUACUGUGCCUUGCCAAGAACCCCGAGAAGCAGCAAAAGUUGCGCGAGGAGGUGAUGAAAGUGCUGCCCAACAAGGACUCCGAGUUCACCGAGGCCUCCAUGAAGAAUGUCCCCUAUCUGCGAGCCUGCAUUAAGGAAUCCCAGCGUGUGUUCCCCCUGGUCGUUGGAAAUGCCCGCGGUCUAUCCAGGGAUUCAGUAGUGAGCGGCUAUAAAGUACCAGCUGGUACCUUUGUUUCCAUGAUUCCUAUAAGUUCCCUCAACAACGAGGAAUACUUUCCAAAAGCUUCAGAAUUCCUGCCUGAACGCUGGCUACGAAACUCCAGCGAUUCCGGCGGAAAAUGCCCGGUAAACGAUCUGAAGACCAAGAAUCCAUUCGUAUUCAUGCCCUUCGGAUUUGGUCCUCGUAUGUGCGUUGGCAAACGCAUCGUGGAAAUGGAACUGGAGUUGGGCAUCGCCAGACUCCUUCGAAACUUCAAUGUAGAGUUUAACUAUUCGACGAAGAAUGCUUUCCGUUCUGCUCUUAUAAAUCUGCCCAACAUACCACUGAAGUUUAAAUUCACUGAUUUGACUAACUAAUCUGAUUUACAAUUUAAGAAAUGGUUUGUGAUUGAUAACUUAAGCCUUUUUUUUAUUUAUAUACUUUGUGUCUGUUUUUAGUUAAAAAUAUUUUUAAAAUCUUAGAAGUAUUGGCAAACACUGCCAAAUGUAAAAACAAAUAACUCAAUAAAUCAACAAUUUUUAUACAAAA